GUCCUUGCUUCCUUGUCGUCUGGAUGACUGCCGUCAUAGCUAGUGAAGUUCUAUUGUACUCCUGCGUGCAGAUGUCAGAGCGGCAUCACUUGCGUCCCGAUCGGGUAUGAGGUACGACCUGACAUCUUGGCGCAGCAAUACGGCAAAGCUUUGGAAGCCCUUUGAUGUACGUGAACAUUAUUUGGCCGAAGUGAGGCAAAAACCUCCACUUAUCCUCGGAGAGGCAAGCCUUGAUGUGAUGCGUUAGAGAGGAAACUCCCAACCUCGAUUUUGCCUUCGCCGUCGUGGUGACUUGGGGGUCUAACGUGGAUAUGGCUGCGACGACCACCCGAGGCGACUCAGGCAACGCCACGUCGACCUAUAUCGACAUUGACGCUCUCACCUCUGACGACUUCUCACCUUACACACAUGCAAACACCCUUGUUCUCGCUACCAACAACCCGUCCGACCCAACCAUCGACCUCACCACACCACUAUCCCGCGUCCUUUUCGACCUGCAAGAAAUCGACUCGCAUAUCCAUACCCUUACCUCCCGCUCCGCGCUCGACAUCCUAACGUAUACUGCGACUCAGAAUGCCGCUGCUCAACGAAUACUCACCAGGAUAGAAGAGGAACGAGCACGUCUCAACGCCAGCUACGAACGGUUGGAGAAGGAAGUCCUGGUCCGGCAUCAGAAAGCAGGGGAUGCCAAAACCACCGCCCAACGGAGCUGGGAGGUUCUCCGCUUAGGACGGGGCGUACAGCGCAUCCUCAAUCUUGCACGGCAAUUCGAGGUGAUCCUUGCCGAGUCUGGUCUUGGAGGGACUACGAGAUUCGGUAAGGAGGACCACGGCGCGCUUGUGCGCGCAACGCUUUCAAUUCUCGGGUUUCGCGAUGUCAUCACGGGAAAGGAGGGCUCUGACUUGGCACGCAUCAACCUUGUGAAAACUUUGCGCGGGAGAGUCUUCGAAGAUGGUGAGGCUCGGAUCCUCGACUUUGCAAGACGCGUUGUCAGAGAGUUCUCCAUGAGUACACUGUCCUCGGGUUCUGGCGGGGGAGUUUCAACAGCCUCUGGCCCCACGUAUCGAGAAGUAGAAGAUAGCCGUGCCCGGUUCACUAGCGCAGUGCAUAUUCUUUAUCUCCUCUCCCCGGCACCGAGGAUAGAUGGAGAGAAGAUGAGAAAGAAGGACUUCGAGCCGGAAUAUCUGCUCCGUGCAUUGCAGGGCUAUUUACAGACGGCCAUCACGUCGAGUUCUGCAUCGAUAGGAAGAGCUCUGGGGCAAUUACCGACACUAGACCGUGCUUUGUUGGAAACAAGUGCACGAUGUCAGAAUAUUGUCGCCCUUCAAGCCAUGCUGCGCGGCAUAUCUGCCCCCGACCAUCCAUUACUGCAAGUUGAAGCUCUGGAAGACAAGAAAUCCACCAACAAUGACGAUGAGGAGGACUCGGAUGAGGAAGAGGAGGAAAUUCCGGAGUCCUCGAAAACAAAUACCCCUGACAACUUCCUCUCGUUGCUCCUCAGCGCACUCGACACAGCCUCUCUCCCCUCAUAUUUCUGGCGCUCACUAGCGUCCUCAUUAUCCAUUCGUGUGCAAGAGAUCCUGACAAGAGGAGGCGUUUCCGCACGCACGCUGCGAAGUCAACGGGACACUGUCAGGCAGGAGAUCCGCGAGUGUGUCCUUCGCGGCUCGAAGCUGCCGAGGACUCUGCUGGUAGGUGAUUCGAAAGCAACGUCGACUGCAAAGGGCGAGCAAGAAGCAGAUAAUUGGGAACGGGAGGCGGCGGUCAUGGUCGGGAGUGUUGUGGGUUUGCUGGGGCGGUAAAGGACUGAAACCUUGGUCACACCGGAUGCCUGUGGUGCUCCUAAACACGAGUGAAGAUAUUUAUUCAGAAAGCCCUUCCCACCGUCAAACCGAAACGCAGGUGAUUUUCCGAG